AUGUUCCGCCUUCCCGCGCCUCUCGCGCGCACACCACGCGUCCUCUCUUCCAGACUUCAGGCCCUCUCCCACACUUCCUUCCGCCACUCAUCUGGUUCGCCAACAGCAGGCAAGAAUUCGCAAGAUCACUUCAACAAAACUGGAGAGAAGGAGAAAGACUUUGCGAACUAUAGUUCGCGGAGCUCCGAGUACAGUCAGAGUGGAGGAGAUGAUAUUGUGGCCGAACAAGCAAGCGCGAGUUUCCAGAACUCGCAAGACACCGAUCCUGCGUCUCAGAAAGCCACGGCAGGAAAGGGGAAUGUGGUAAACCCACUUGAACUCUCACCCGCGACACCGGAACUCUCGAAACAGUUUGAAGACACGGACGUAAGCAAGAAUGAGGACCGCGAACCAGGUGCGAAGACAGGUCCGGGCGUGAGCACGAAAGCAAAGCGGGUGAAGAAGAAUAAAAUCGAUUUCAAGUAG